UUCUCUUAAAUGAUUUGAUUAAUUGAAAUAAAAAGUUGGCUAAGAAAGAUUUUGGUGUAAUAAGCAACAUCCUUAAGGUCCUCAACGGAAUAAUUCUAGAGGAGAAAAUUACGUUACACUAGUGGGGCCCGAUGAAGUGAAUGAAGCAUCUUUGUCAACUAGGCAUAAACACCUUUUUCACUUUACCAUGCUGUUUUGUCAAGUUCCUAUCUCCAUCUCCUCGUUUCUCAACAACAGCUGAUGGCUUAAGCAUCUCUACCAGAUGGGAUUGCUCUAUCAGUACAGCGAGAGUUGUUCCUAGAUCUUUUUCAUCCUUCCAGUUCCUCUUCAGUUAGGAUUGAACCUGUUACCUUAUUAUUUUUUAUGAAUCCCCAGCUUUCUUUAAAUGGUUACAAAACAAAGGUAUGGCUCUUGUUAAUAAUCAGCCUAAGAAGGAGUCUCCAGGAAUUGGAAUAAGAAAGUCAAAGAGCUUAUUACUUUCUGGAACCAGCCUCGCCUCUGUUGAGUCUUUAUCCAUGCCUCUGAGCAGGUCCAGGAAGUUGUUAUUUCAGCAGAUAUUCGAUGUUCCGAAUGCCAAAAGAGAGUAGCUGACAUGAUGUCAAGAAUGAAUGAGACAGAGUCAGUGGUGGUGAAUUUAUUGGAGAAGAAGGUGACACUAACAUGUAGAUAUGCAAAUGUUGGUAAAGCAUCUUCACAGCAAGUUGCUGCUAUAUACAGGAAUCCGUUUGGAAAAGUUGCCAUGAUCAAACGGAUUUUCCGCUCUUCUCGACGUUGAUUACAUGACAGAAUGGAUCCAGCACGCCAAGAAAAAUUUAUGUUUCAUAUUAGUAAUACUUGAGACUAGAAGGGUCAUGUAUAUAAGUUCAAUUUACAUUGGUGAUGAAUAAAUCAAUUAUGUGGCUUUUCUUAUGGGGAAUGUGUAAAUGUAUUGCUGAGUUUGCUUGCGUUUAGUGAGAGAGAGAGAGAUGACUUAAAUUUCGUGCAACAUAAAACCUUCAGGAACAAGAAAGAGAUGCUUCAUUGUGUUGCAUGAGGUAAACCAUGACAUAAAGAGUAAGUAAUGCUUGGCCUUGUCAUUGUUAUACGAAGUAAACAAGGCUUUAACAAGAAGUUAGGGAUAAUAAGCUAAUACUUCAAUAGACAAAAUCCUCUUUCAACAACUACCCAGAAUCAGAUUCCAAAAUGAAGUAGAAAAUUUUCCAAAAGACAAUCCAAAAGUAGAAAUAUCAGUUAGUCCACGGUCUUCCAUAUUCUCAACUUCCAUUGAUUCCUCUCUCAUAUACUUUUCAAGUCAUAAAAUGAACCAAGCAGGGGUAUCAAAUCCUGCCAAUUCCAUCUUCAUGUCAGGAAAGUAUUGUUGCAUGGUAAUGAGGAUCAACGUUGACUGCAAUUCUUGUUGCCGGAAAUUAAGGAAAAUCAUUCUAAAUUUGAGAGCAAUAGAGUCACAUUUGAUUGAGAAGCAGGAGUGCAGGGUAAGUGUGUGUGGGACAUUUAGGCCAUCGGACGUAGCAAUAAAAAUAAGAAAGAAGAUGAACCGUAGAGUCCAAAUUCUGGAAAUUCAAGAGUUUGAUGCCACCACCACCGAACAAAUAGACCCCAAUCCCACGGUUCAAGGCUAAUUAUCAUGAUGAUGGGUGUUCGAAAAGUUUGUACUAUGUUACCAAUUCUCUUACCAUGCCAUUAACGUUGUAAGAAGUUUGGCAAGAAGGGCUUCAUAGAACCAAUUCCCUGUGCGUAUGAAUGUAGAAAGUUCCAACUUCCUUGGGUAAGAAUAGGGGGAUGACUCUAGUCUUUAGAUAAUAAAUUUAUAAUGUUAGAUGUUAAAUAGAGAUAUUCUAGCUGUACUCUGUAACACCACAUUUAGAAAUGUAACGCGAACACAUUGCA